GGAGUCUGAGGGAGAGUUUCAAAUGGUUUUGGUAGUACAAGUAAAAUUUAUAACUUAUCUAGGCUCUUACACAGAAAGUAAUGAAUCAUGGAAAAUCUUUGAAAACCAAAUAUUUGAGUUGCAGUCCUGUGAUUGAACCUGAACAUGUAAGAAUCAUGACUGAAACUGCUGUUUGUAUUGGAUCAUUCACUGCUGUGAAGACACUUUGGGAAGUGAGAAUACAGAAGAUAAAUGAAGAAUUACGGAAAGAAAAGGAGUUCAGAGAGAGGUCUGCAGGAAGGUUACUGCUUGUCUGGGAGGAGAGAGCCACUUUAGCAAAACUCAAAGAAAAAGUAAUUAAUGAAGAUGGAAGAGCAGUUUUAAAGAUAGAAGAAGAAGAAUGGAAGACAUUACCUUCCUGCUUAUUGAAAUUAGUCCAUCUUCAAGAAUGGCAGCUUCAUAGAACUAGCUUGCAGAAAAUUCCUCAGUUCGUUGGAAGAUUUCACAAUCUUGUUGUUCUUGAUCUCUCCCGGAAUUCAAUAGAAAGCAUACCCAAAGAAAUUGGCCAGCUGACUGGCCUCCAAGAGCUGCUCCUCAGUUACAAUAGAAUAAAGUUUGUUCCUAAGGAAAUAAGUAAUUGCAUCAGUCUGGAAAGAUUGGAACUGGCUGUCAACAGGAAUAUCCGUGAUCUUCCUCCACAGCUAAGUGAUUUAAAGAAGCUUUCACACAUAGAUUUGUGUAUGAAUCAGUUUACUACCAUCCCUUCAGCUCUUCUGAGCAUGCCAAAUCUAGAGUGGUUAGAUAUGGGAGGAAAUCAACUCCAGAAGCUUCCUGAUGCUAUUGACAGAAUGGAAAAUCUCCAUACUUUAUGGCUCCAAAGGAAUGAAAUUAACUCUUUGCCAGAAACCAUUGUUAAUAUGAAAAAUCUUAGUACUCUUGUUCUUAGCAACAACAAACUUAAGGAUAUUCCUUCUUGUAUGAUGCAUAUGACAAAUUUGAGAUUUGUCAACUUCAGAGACAACCCACUGGAGUUAGAGAUAACACUCCCUCCAUGUGAGAAAACAGAAGAAGAGGAGCAACAGGAAAUGUUUGGCAUUGAAUUCAUGCACAUGUAUAUCCAGGAGUCGCUGAAGAAAACAGGAAAUGUGGAAAGCUGCACUUCUGACACUUCUCCUAUCAUAACUGCUAACGCUGAAGGAACAUAACUGUGAGUAAAAACUGUCAAAAGAUAGUUCUUCCUAACAAUAUGACUUGCACUUAGUUUCAAGUAUUCUUAGGGAUUUCAUUUUUCUAGUAAUGUGAACUGCAUAGCAUAUUUUUAAUUUCCAGUCAAACUGGGAAAUAUAAAACCUUUUCUUAGGAUAAGGAAAGACUAAACAGUUUUCGGUAAGCACUGAAUCUGCUUUUUAUACAAUCCAGAUAGAUUUUAUAGUUUUUCUUUCAGUUCCAAAUCUGUAUCUUGUCACCUUGUUGUGUCUGGGACAGCUGUCAGCAGGACAUUCUCCAAGGACACAGAGGAAUCUGUAUAGUACUGUAGUGCAGCCUUGUAUCCUCGAUGUUGUAAAUAUCUGAUCCGUCCGUGAUCAAUCACAAGUUUACAGAGGGAACCUAUCUCCUUUCGCUCCUCAACAGUAAGGAGCCUAGUUUCGCAAAGAGGGGGGAAAAAAAGGAAUAGAAUGUGUUAGGAGAAUAAUUUUGUUAAUUAACAUUAGCAGUUGAUCUUAGAAAGACUACUAAAAUCGGCAUAAUUUCACUUCAAAUCAGGCAAGCAUAUAUUAAUAUUUAUGUUCAUGAAAAUUCUAUUUUUAAAGUAGAAUGUUUCUAUACAAUAAGUAAUUAUAUUGCUUCUGUAAAAUGAGUUAUUUUGAAGCCCAAACCAAUUUCAUGUUCCAAUAUACCUAAUUCUGAUUUUGCAAGAGAUUAUUUUUUUUCUAGCAUACAAACAUGUACCUUUGUAGAGCGUCAGAACUAGUCUCUGUUUUACUGUAUGUUUGGUCAAGCUCUUCUGCGUUGUUAGCGUGAUCUUCACUUUCUUCAUUUGUAGAGGCUUUGGUUAUGGUUCCUCUCAUGCCACAAGUGGCCCAGCUACUCAUCCUUUGAAAAUAAUGAAAUUCUACUGGUCCAAGUCCUACUGAUCUAAAGAACUCUCUGCCUACAUAAUGUGUCCAGUCACAUUUGUGAUGGCAACACAGCGCAAUAACAAUUCCAGCUACAGGCUUAACGACUUCUUUGUUCCUUUCAUUAUCAUCAUCAUUUGAACUGUUAGAAGACCCUUCUGCCUUAUUCUUAGUACGUUUUGGUACAGGCUCUUGAUUUUCUUCAUUACAGCAAGUUGCAUAACUUUCUACCAAACAUCUCAAAGCAAGAUCUGGGGGGGGAAAAAAAAAAAAAAAAAAAAAAAAGAGAUACUGAAAAUAAGAGCAAUGUACACCUUGCCUUUACUUACAUAGGCUGUAUUGCUGCUGGGAACGUGCUUCCCACAAAGAAGCAAAGUGUGCAUCACAAGCUAAAAAGCAAAAACUUUGAGGAUAGCUAAAAAUGAGAAGCAUACUGUGAAAGCAUGGAAACAUUAUAUGCUAAAUGAAUAUUCUGAGUCCUGUACAGCUAGUAAGUUCUUAUCCUCCUCAGUCUUUCUUCAACCCCAAUCAAGCUGAAAUAUUUUGUUUACCAGACUGGCAUACUGUAGGAGGAUCUCCUCCCUUAUAAAGCAUGCAAACAUUUGCUCUAAAAGUUUCACAUCCAGGACACAAUCUAUGUAAUAUAUAUGCUUCAUAAUGUCCAAAUGUUUAUGCUUCUUAAUAAUACACAUACUUCUUUAAUGUUUAACUGUAUCAUCUUUGUAACAAUACCUAUAUAAGCUUCAUACACGAGGUCUUUCUCAACUCAGUUAAGCAUGUAACAUUAGGAAAAGUGUAAUGGUUGAAAAUUAUCAGGACAGAAAAAAAGUUCUUAUUGUUUGCUUGGGAUAUGUGUUCAGACAGAGCCAAUAUAAAUUAAAAAAAAAAAAUGUUAUGGUAGAGGUGAUGGUGUAAAAAAAAAAAAAAUUACUCUCAACUGCAGACAAAUACAUGACCCAGGCCCCACACUAUCCUUUAGUCUACUCUGUAAUAAACUAGAAAGGUUUUUGCUUCUGUCUAAAGUAAAAUUUCUCUACUGUUAUCCAGUUUUCUGUUCUACCGUAGUUAACAGAUAUUAGUCUGUAGUUAACAUAUUUAGAAUAGAAUUUCUAUAUUCAUCAACAAGUAGUUACAGGGAGAGAAAAGCAUAACAGAACUAUUUGGAAGAUCAUUCCCUUCAGAAUGUAGGGCUUCAUAUCCUGUUGUCCUGUGGUUAACAAAUAUAACGCAUACCUGUGGCAGCACCACACAAAUGUUUCCCAAUUCCUACCACUGGUAAUUUUUUCUUCUCUAAAAUAGGUACCUUAUCUGAAAAACAAACAAAACAAAAUACACGACGACCUGUAUUAUGAUAGUUGGGCAAAUAUUUGUUCUGGAUAAUAUUAUUUCAGCACAUUUAACAAAUAAAUGUUUACUACUACUAAAAAUACAGUGGUUGGUACAUAGAGUUAUAAGCUACUGAAAAGAUAGAAUUUUUUAAAGGAAAAGCAGCAGAUGCUGUGUCUGAGUAGCAUAUGGUUAGGUUAUUCUUAAACAACUCAGCCCUGGCAAAAAGCAAAUAAUGUAUUUUAAUGCUGUUAGGAAGCAACACUCUUCUUCCCAAGUGGCAAUAAUAUACAGCAGUAAAAUGAUUACCAGAGAACUCUGGAAUUAACUGGAGCUCAUCUCUCAGCCGCCGAUAAACAGUUAUUUAAGUACUUAGCCUGUUAUUAAAAUGCACUAUUAGAAAUACAGGAUUUUCCAUUUAAGCUAAGAUAAAUUUAUCCAUUUAACCAUUUCAGACUUUCCAUACUAUGAAAUAUAAGCAUGACGUCAAUGCAGCUCCUGAAGACAGCUGUUCCUUCAUACUUUGUAGUACUCAUUUGAGUAUCACGUCAGCAAUACACACAACUUAUACACCUUAGUUUUACAUGUACAGAAAGAAAUAAAUGUGCAACUUCUGAAAAACAACGACAACAACAAUAUAUUACUUAUUUUGGUGUUUUCAACCUAUAAUGUCUAAAAAGCAGAAAAGUUUAAAUUCUCACUUAAUAAUUAAAAUUGUUAGUUAUUAUAUAUAAGUGCACCGUUGAUGUGUCCAAGUAACCACCGAGAAUCAGAUAUACAUAAGCAUGCUACAUACAAAUUGACUUGAUAUCCAGUAUUCAAUUCUAAAAUUAAGCCUCUAUUUCAGAGUUAUAAAUGUCAAGAAAUAACUUACUUAAACAUAAAUGCUGAAUAUCAACUUGAAGCCUUUCAAAUAUAGAAUCUCUCUUUUUAUGUUUUCCAUCCACCUAUGUAAAUAAAACAAGAUAAUUAAA